AUGAGCAAUGCGUGCGCGGUAGCAUGCAGGCCCUUGGCGUGGCUACGCUUCCCCCCGCCAUGGACAACAACGCUCGCAAGGACUGUCGCGCGCCCGCCGUCCCUCGUCCCCAGUCUCACCACCACCACACGCCACGGCCUCUUCGCCCUCCGCCCAUUCGCCUUCCGCACCUUCGCCACGACCACCGCCCUCUCAGCUAAAAAGAAGAAGCAGCAGCAACACGCACCUGCCCAACAACAGCAACAAGAGAAAGAAGACGCGCCGCUCCCAACCGGCGACCUCACAGCCGAGCAAACCACCGCCCUCUUCGGCGCGCACGUCACCCCCGCAACGGGCAACGCGCUGCUGCGGGCGCUGCAGCACCGGCGCAUCACGGGCAGCCUGGCCGAGCGCGGCGUCCGCUUCGACGACAAGAACAACAAAGCCUCGUACCCGGGCGUGACGCCGUCGCUGGCGCUCGCAGCGCUCGAGUACCUGCGGGCCAAGUUCCCGGUCGACGAGGAAGCGGCCGCGGCGGCGUGGGCGCGCGCAGAGGCCCAGCGCCUCGAGCACGAGCUGAUUGCGCGCGCCGAGCGGCUGCGUAUCUACAAGCCUGUGGAGCGCGCGGCGCAGCACAAUGAGGGCUUGUACGGGUACAGCGAGCUGGAGGCCAUGAGGCGGCGGAACGAGGAGGCGUGGGAGCGCGAGGAGAAGGAGCGCGAGGCGCGCGAGGAGAAGGAGGCCAAGGAGCUGGAGAGGCAGGGGCGGUCGGGCCCGCUGGCGCGCGUCAAGGGCCGCGUCGAGCUCGCGCAGCGAAAGGAAAAAUCAGAGUUCGUCAGGUACUACGAGGAGCAAGCCAUGCUGAUCAAGGAAAAGGAAGCUCCCCGCAUGAGCACCGCGCGCCGAGUCCUCCCCUCCCUCGCCAUCGCCACCUUCGUCCUGACACUCAGCUACCUCCUCGCAACAACCUACCACCCCCCAGCGCAAAGCAGCCGGAUCUUCCCCACCACCGCCCCCGCACUAACGACCUGCCUAACACUGGUAACGCUCAACCUCCUCGUCUUCGCAGCCUGGCGCAUCCCCCCCCUCUGGCCAACCCUAAACCGCUUCUUCGUGCAAACCCCCGGCUACCCCGUCGCGCUCUCCGUGGUGGGCAACAUCUUCAGCCACCAAGAGCCGCUGCACUUCUUCUGGAACAUGCUGCUACUGAUGAGCGCCGGCGUGCAGCUGCACGAGUUCGUGGGCCGGGGCACCUUCCUGGGGAUCUACGUUGGCGGCGGCGUCGCGGGCGCGGCAGCCAGCCUGACGUGUUUCGCGCUCGCGCGCAACUUGGGCACGGCGUCGCUGGGCGCGUCGGGCGCGGUCGCCGCGGUCAUAGGCGCGUUGCUCCUCCUGCGCGAGGCCGAGCACCUCGUCGUGCCCGGCACGGACUGGCGCGUCCCGGUGUCCAGCUCGUUGCUGCUGUCGGCGUUUCUGGCAUACGAGGUCUGGGGCCUGACGCGCGGGCGCGGCAAGACGUCGAUUGAUCAUGUGGCGCAUUUGGGGGGGUAUGCGACGGGCAUGGUGGCCGCGUGGGGGGUUAAGAGGGGGUUGGCGGAAAGGAGAAGGGAGGUGGAGGAGAGGAGGAGGGAGAGGGGGGGAGGGGGGUUGUUUGGGAAGUAG